AUGUGCAGCGUCAGUGGUCUUGGCAUGCCGCUUUCGCUGUUACCGAAUACUGUCUGGCGUGAGCGUCGGGCUUUUGCAUAUUAUUUUCAACAUGCUGCUGCGUCUGUCGGUGGGGGACUGGAUCUGGAUUUCUGGCGCACAAUUGUGCCACAGGUAUGUCGAAGUGAACCUGCGGUAUGGGAUGCUAUGAUCUGCAUCAGUGUGCUGUUUGAAAGCCCUGAUGCGUCUCCAGAUAUUGUUCAACGCCAGGCUUCGCGUACGCUUAAUCAGAAUCAACAAGAUGCGCUGGACUGGUAUGCACGCUCGGUAUCUGCCGUUCGACAGGGAAUCUCCCGGGGCACUGUUGACGCUUUUGUGGGGCUGAUCACAUGUGUCUUGUUCAUAUGCAUCGAAUCCCUCUUUGGAAGUCUGGAGGAGGUUAUGCGACUCUACGCUCAGGGUGUGCAGCUCAUUCUUACCUUGCGGGCCCGAAGGGCUUUUGAUGGAUUAGCUCUAUUACAAGAGACAAUUAUUCCGAUCUUUGCCCGGUUGGGUCUAUUCGCCCCUAAAUCUUGCUGGGAUAUCGCCAUGCCUUUGUUAAAGGAAAUCCAAGAACAGUCGUCGACUUCCACACACGAAUUCGCCUCCCUCAAGACUGCCCGAGAGGCCAUAGUUGUCCUCGGCGCUGAAAUCCCGAUCUUGGAGUUGGCGUGUGAAAAAUAUCUCCAAAGCUCAGGGGCUUGGUACAUCUCAGACGAAUUGAUGCAACGGCAAAUGAUCCUCGCCACUCGCCUUGAGAGAUGGCAUACUGCUUUUACAAACUUGAUGAAAUCUUUACGCGCCACGAAAGCCGGGCUACCAGCGUCGCAAGUCAGCGCCAGUGCCCUUCUUAUUACUUAUUAUGAAAUGUUAUCCAUCAUUCUCGCGGUAUGUGUAUCACCAAUGCGAGUCACGACAGAUGCCUUCACAUUGAACUUCCAAACAAUUGUCGAACAGUCUUCCAUCGCGUUGGAUAGCUCUGUGCAAUCAAAUGGUGUUCUCCCACCAUUCACAUUUGAAAUAAGCAUCGGCCUCCCGCUUUGGUUUACCUGUCUUCGCUGUCGCGAGCCUACUAUCAGACGGGAAGCACUCAAUCUCCUUGCCCGAUCGCAUCGCAUUCAGGGAAUGUAUAAGCGCGAGCAUGGAAUGAUUGUCGGCGAAAAGAUCAUUUUAUUAGAGGAAGCGAUCGCGAUGUCGACUGUCGACGCGUCUCCUUCUAAAGAGUGCACCCCAACAACUCACGGACCGAACCAUUACGGAGAUUUGAGUCCAGAUAGUCCCUUGAAAAUUCCGCCCAUCAAGGUCACCACGAGCCCGUCUCCUCCGCAUUCUGACAUCGGAAUGGAUAUUAGAACGCUGGCUGCGCUGAUUCCGCAAGAGGCACGCAUUCGACCCCAUGAUGUGUUUCGGCCGUGUGAUGGCUUCCCUCCUGAAAUUACGGAAGAGGAUAUCGCACUCUGGGGACAGGAUAGAGAUCAGUAUUUUCUGCAAUUCUCAUGGAAUGAUUGUGAUCCGUUGAAUGAGACGUGGAAGAUGGUCUUUGGGUGUAUCCCGAUUGAUGUUUAG